AUGGAAGGUGGUCCGGAUGCCGGAUCUAAGAAUUUCUCCCAGUUUAGCCCUGGUGUACAAUUUAAUGGAUAUUCGAAAAAGACGAAAAAGGAAAGACAAAAGAAGAAGGGAGGAAAUAGUGCAUUCGAAUCCGUUAAUCCAAACAAGCCCUUAAGUCGAAAAUUUUGAAAAACCCGCCACAAGUGCGAAGACGAGCGCGUAAGCUCGGGAGAUUUUGGCGGCUUAAUUUCAAACGCCGAAGCUUCGUCUUCUAGAUCUGCCGCUGCGUUCAACCAAUCUCUCUGAUCAAAGCAAACAGCAAAGGAAAAUGGAGACUCCUCCGGCCCACCUCGAGAAGAUCGGCAGAGAACUCAAGUGCCCCAUUUGUUUGAGUCUGCUGAGUUCUGCGGUUUCACUCAAUUGCAAUCAUCUCUUCUGCAAGUAACCUCCUCCUUCAUUGCUACCUGAAUCUGUUGCAUUGUGAAGUCGAUGAAAUCGGGUUCCAAUUGUCCUGUUUGUAAAGUCCCAUAUCGGCGUAGAGAGGUUCGCCCGGCUCCUCACAUGGAUAAUUUGGUUAGUAUUUACAAGAGCAUGGAAGAUGAUUUGGGAAUUAAUAUAUUUGUCACUCAGAAUGCACCCCCAACUAAAUCAUCAGACGGAAAACAUCAUGCUGAAGAUGAUUUUAGCCACGGCUUUCAGGAUAGAGCGCAGAAACAGAAAACCUUAAGAGGAAAAAGAUCCAGGAAAACUAAGGCCAACCUGGAAAGUUCUGGUUCUAUUUCAAUUAAACCUUCAUUUCCAAACAAGAAAAGGGUCCAGGUUCCACAGUCUCCUCUUUCAGAAACCCCAACCCGCCAUGAAAAGUUAGAAGGUGAUUUAAUGGCUGAUCGAGUGAAGCAGAGUUCAAAAACACUAAAGGAGAAGCCUGUUCUAAAUGAGAAGGGAGAACUGGUUCUGUCACCUUUCUUUUGGUUGAAUGACAAAGAUGUAGAAAAUUUGAGUCAGCAUUCUUCCGGUGAUCAACUUAGCGAUCUUCCAUCUCCAAAUGUUCCCACAUUCAGUGAUAUCAAAGACUCUGAUGAUGAAAAUUCUGUUAGGUCCCUACCGGGAGAAGUGCACAGCACAUCUUCUAAUGCUGCAGAUCUAUUUGAUAGUGAGAUGUUUGAAUGGACACAAAGAGCUUGCUCUCCUGAACUCUUCCCAAGUCCUGAGAUGCAGGUUGCAGACGAUGAACACGAUAGAGUUCAAGAGAAGGAAUCAAAAGAAGUCUCACAAAACAAGAAAUCAGAUGAACUUUCUGUAAAAAGUGCAAGGUCUAAAAGAAACAAAAAAAGUAAUGGAAAUAUGGAUUUUCUGCCAGAUCUUCCCACUGCUGGAACUAAAGAUGUUAGUCAUGAAGUUGUUAGUAAUGAAUCUGACAAGCGAGUUAGGAAGACAAGGAAUCUCAUGAAAAGAAAAUGUGCUACAAGCCAUACAGAUCCAGGAACAAAUAUUAGUGUCACUUCAAAGGGAUCUGAGGUAUUUUAUGAAGAACAAGCAUGUGAGAAUAACGGUGGUUCUUUAGCUAAGACUUGCAAAAGGAGUAAGAAGGGACAUUCAUCUGUUGUAACCAAGCCCACAUCUGAAAAUGUUCAUGUCCUCUCUACCAGAGCUGAUAGUCGAAUUAAUGGUGAUGAAAAUAGGGUAACUGAAUCACCUACUUCAAUAGGAAAAAAUGCUGGCAGUGAUGAACUGUCCAGUAAGAAGGCUGGAAAUAUCUAUAAGGAGGUCAAUGACAAGAACAAGAUUGACCGCCCAGUAAGGUCAAAAAAACAAAAGAUGGUCUCCAUGAAAAAGACAAUGCUUGAGGAUGUAUCAGAAAUACAGAAGCAAGCAAAUAAGGAUACUCCUACUGAGUUGUCUCCUACAAAUCUUCCCACAGAUGAUAACCAGAAAGCCUCUGAAUCCAGGAAUAAAUCCAGAAAACUUGCUAGAAAAGCCAAGUCAGGUGAUCGAGAACUGAAAAGUAAGAAAAAGCUGAAAGCUUCUUCUGAUGGCAACUCAAAGGAUGAUACUUCUGUUGAGAUUGGAGAAGGUCAUGGGAAUGUUAACGAAAAUGGAAAUGAAACCGCUGAGAAGAGCAAGGACAAUCAUAAUGUUAUAACUGAUCAAUCACCAGUGCAGAAGCUUCUUUCAUUUACAAACAAUGUGGUUUUGAAGAGAUGUGAAGCUGUUCCUAGUAAUAUCCAGUGUGCUUUCUGUCUUUCAUCAGAAGAAUCAGAGGCUUCUGGAGAGAUAGUCCACUAUUGUAAUGGCAAGCCUGUUGCUGCGGAUCACGAUGGAAGACUCAAGGUUAUACAUGUACACAGGACCUGUGCUGAAUGGGCUCCUAAUGUCUAUUUUGAAGAUGAUAUUGCUAUUAAUCUUGAAGCUGAAUUAACUAGGAGUCGUAAAAUUAAAUGUUCUUGCUGCGCAAUCAAAGGAGCUGCUCUUGGGUGCUGUGAGAAGAGUUGUCGUAGGAGCUUUCAUGUUACCUGUGCAAAGCUGAUGCCUCAAUGUCGCUGGGAUACUGAUAACUUUGUUAUGUUAUGCCCCAUUCAUGCCUCCUCCAAUUUGCCAAAUGAAAGCCCUGGAUCUCAAGCAAGGAGGAAGAAGAAUCCUAGAAAACAACCUAAUGUUGAACGUCCUAAAGUUGCUGCUAAACAAGACAGCAAUAUCCCCCCAGAUCAGAAGUUUUGUGGAUCGUCCAAGAAAUUGAUUCUUUGUUGUUCAUCUCUCACAAAUGCAGAGAGGGAAUCUGUCUCUGGAUUUGAAAGAUUAUCUGGACUUACGGUUUUGAAGAAUUGGGAUUCUAGUGUUACACAUAUUAUUGCAUCGACAGAUGAAAAUGGAGCAUGCAGAAGAACCCUCAAAGUUUUGAUGGGUAUCUUGGAGGGGAAGUGGAUUCUGAGUGUGGAGUUUCGUAGAGUGGAUCAAAGAUGUGUUUGUCCGUCUGUUUGUGCAGGGAUUAAUGCUUGCACAGAAGCAAUGAAACUAGUUGAUGAGGAGCCUUAUGAAAUCAACGUUGACAUUUAUGGAAUCAGGGAUGGUCCUCGACUUGGUAGACUAAGGCUGCAGAACAAGCAACCAAAACUUUUUGAGGGGUUCAAGUUUUACUUCAUGGGAGACUUCAUACCUUCAUACAAGGGGUAUUUACAAGACCUUGUAAUAGCUGCUGGAGGAACGAUUUUGCAAAGAAAACCUGUUCCAGAGGGCCCGAAAGCCUUGUCAGCCGGUUCCCCCAAAUGUCAAACCUUCAUAAUUUACAGCCUCGAGCUACCUGACCAAUGUCAUUGCAGCAAGAAGAGUACAAUUUUCAACACUAGGCAGGCUGAUGCGAAGGCUUUGGCCACCUCCACUGGAGCCAAGGUAGCAAGCAACUCAUGGGUAUUGAACUCCAUUGCUGCCUGCAAGUUACAAAAUCUCUCUGAUUCCAAAUAGUAUACAUACUGCAGAAGUUGUGUACAUGUUUAGAACUUCUCCAGAUCCAGUUUCUUAUUUCAAAACCGUAAACAUAAAUGAUUAUGUAAUUCUUCGUUGCUUCCAAUCAAUUGUGGUUUUUAAUCCUUUCAAUGUACAACUCCAAGUUUUGGGAAUUUCUUGAAUCAAAUCUGUGCUGAGCAGUUAAAUUGUG